UUUAGCCCGCAUCCGCUCUCGUCGGUCGCGGUGCCGUCGUGCUUUUCUUCUCUCGUCGAGCAGCCGAGAGCGCGGGUAGCUUUGUUUAUCCUUUGCGUCGCGGGUGUGCGUUGCUAGGCGACCCCGCAUGGCUGCCGCCGCCACCGCCGUCGCGCACAAGGAGCGAGAAAGAGCGGCAGGUGCUUUUAAUAGCGCGGCAGAGGGGGACAGACCGACGCUGCGCCGAGCGACUCAGUGUGACCGCCGCGCGCCGUGCUGCUUUCAAAGUACUUUCUCGCGCUGCGAUAACGGACGAUGCACUAGGGGUUUUGCUUUUUGCGCGAUAUUCCGCUAACCUUCCGCACGACAGCAACACGCUCGUUUCCCGAUUGCUGGACCCUACUUGUUCGCUUGCCGAAGGAGAAGUUUCAAAUUAAUCAAGAUGGCUACAGGACGAGAUGGUGAAGCCCAAAUAACCAUUCCUUUACAAUUUAAUGACUCUCACUGGAGAGCCAUUUUUGAAAAGUUUGACUCUGAUGGUGAUGGUAAAAUUUCUUACAAUGAGUUAAAAAACAUGAUUAGAAGCUCUUCUCAUAACACAAAGGAUCUUCCUGGUCGAGUGGUUCGAAUGAUUAUGAAAAAAGCUGAUCUUGAUGACUCAGGAUAUCUAGAGUAUCCAGAAUUUAUUGCAAUGAUUCAUAGAAAAGAUAUGCAGGGUGUUUUUGGAAACUUUGUGCAGAGAUAUGUUCAUUCGAUGGUACCAUGUCGACCAUGUACAAUAGAUUCUCUUGAUGGUGUUUACGAAGAAGAGUACAGCUGUAACCCUCCUCCAGUGGCUAUGAUAAUUAUUAGUGUCUUGGAAAUAAUUCUGUUCUUGUACGAUACAAUGGCUCAUAAUGCUGUAGCUGUAGAAGGACCAACUGCAACAUUGUUUAUUUAUAAUCCUCAUAAAAGAUAUCAGGCUUGGAGGUACCUAACAUACAUGUUUGUACAUGUUGGCACGUUUCAUUUAGUGGUGAACUUACUGGUGCAAGUAAUGCUAGGAAUCCCUCUGGAAAUGGUGCAUAAGUGGUGGCGAGUGCUAAUUAUCUACUUUGCCGGUGUUAUUGCGGGCAGCUUGGGAACCUCAGUAUCGGAUCCGAGUGUAUACUUGGCAGGUGCUUCAGGCGGCGUAUAUGCUCUUAUCACCGCGCAUGUGGCGACUAUCGUUAUGAACUGGCAUCAAAUGGAAUUUGCUGUCCUUCAAUUGCUUGUCUUCCUAGUAGUCACCUGUGUGGAUGUCGGCCAAGCCAUUUAUAAUCGUUACGUGCUUGAAGCAAACAAUCAAAUUGGAUACGUAGCUCAUCUAGCAGGUGCCGUCGCUGGACUUUUAGUUGGAAUCAAUAUCCUCCGCAACCUCGAGGUGCAAACAUGGGAAAAAGUCGUUUGGUGGGCAAGCUUUAUCACUUUUACUGCCCUCAUGGCCGCGGCGAUUCUUUGGAACGUCCUUUAUCCUUCCUACUUCCCACAACCUAUUUACAACUGAACUGUCGGUUUUUUUUUUUGUGUCUUGAGAUUACGGGCACGAUGAUU